AUGCUGGUCUUCCUGAAAAAGAAGGUUUGCUGCAUUCUAUUCAAAACAACUGUAGACAUGUUAUAUAGUGUUAAUAUCCUCACCACACCCCCUACACACAGAUACAUCAUCAUUUGGUUUGCUGAACACACAGUUUCCUCUUUCUGUCUCACCUCAUACACAAUGCUAUCAGGCUCAGCAACAGCAAUGGUUCAGUUUAUGACUCUGUCUGUGUUCCUCUGCAUCAUUGGUUUGCUCUCAGAGACUCUGAACUCUUUAAGUCUGGAGGCAGAAGUUGGAGAUAACGUCACUAUUUGGUGUCAACAUGAUCUGAAACGUUCAGAUAAUAUCUUCUGGUUUAAACACACGAGUGAUUCAGUUCCAUUUCUUCUUGGGUGUAAAAGGUUUUUAACAUCAGCUCCAUCAGAGCCGUGUUACUUCUUUAGUGAGAGUGAGAGAAUAGUGAUGUCUGUUCAUGGCAGUAAAACGUCUCUCACAAUCACUGCAGUAAACGUCUCUGAUACAGGACUCUAUUACUGCAGCUUCAUGCAUCUGGACCAAGUUAGAUUUAGCAACACGACCUAUUUACAAAUGAAAGCAGGAAAUAAAACACUGUCUACCUCAGACAGAGCAGAAGGUUCAGUGUCUCUGGAUCUGUCUUUCAUACUGAAUGUGGUGUUUGGUGCAGUGAUUGUGUUUCUUCUCAUCAUACUGAAGCACAGAAAAACACACGCUGGUGAUACCACUGACAGACAUGAUGAUGAGGAUCAGGAGCCUGAUUCAGUGAACUACGCUGCUCUGCAGUUCUCUAAGAAGAAAACAAAGACAGGAAGAUUUAGUGAAUUAAUAUAUUCACAUGUUGUAUAUUCUGCUAUCAGAUAAUAAUUUAGUAAUGUUGUGAUGACACGUUGACAUAAUGUCAUAUAUACGUUAUUAUAUAUGUUACUGUUACUAAAGGCAACAUCAGAACUUUCAUAACAGAAAAUAAACAUAGCAUUUAAAAUAACUAUAUUAUGGUAAAUAUGUAGAUCUAUGGUAGCUUUGCAUUUAUCAAAAUUAUGUACAUCUUAUUUGUCUUGUGUUAUGUUACUGUUUAUCAAUCUGGUAUUCACUGUAAUAAAAUAUUUACCUUUAAAAAGAAACAUUUGUUUUUGUUAUUAAGAGUCUCGUGUAAAGACUUGGAAUCAUUAAUCUUGCAUAAAGAGGCAAAAAAUUUGAUGUCAUGUAUUAAAGUAAGCUUUCUUUUAAAUCUAGUUAAACUAGGAAAAAAUAAUAGCUAAACAGCCCGUAUUACACUACUGUUCAAUAGCGUAGCUGUCUGGCUGCUAGCUUUCACACAGGAAAAAUCAUCUCAGCUGGUAGCUAAUAACAAGUGA